AUGCCUCUAACUCGGGCACAAUCUCGCACCCUAGUGCGACGCAGAGAAUUGAAGCCGACCUCAGGGGUAUCGGAAUCGGAUCAAGCCACGCCAAGGAAGCGUAAGGCACAAGAAGAGGAAGAACUAUAUGGAAAAGGGAGAAAACAGAAGCACUGGAUGCCUACAAAGAGUACUUCGAUUCCCCAAAGUGGUAUUGUUAGGAGGAAGUCAGCAAAGGAAGAGGCCAAGGCUCUGGAUGCGGAAAUGAUCAAACACAGAGCCAGGACUAAUUCUCCUAUGAUCCAGAAGAUCGACAAACUGAUAGCAGAAUAUGGAGACCUUCCUCUCACUGACAUAGGAAUACCCUCACCGAACAAACCCACGCCAGAAACUAUUCUUUCUCAUAUCCUGAAUGCACUCUUGUCUUCUGCACAUAUCUCGCAUCACCUCGCGAGGAGUGCUCUUCUCAGUCUGAUGAAACAGAGUUACUAUGAUUUGAACACAUUGAAAGCAAGCACAUGGAAAGAACGAGUAGGCCUAUUGGAUGAAGCAGGAUAUGCUCGUUAUGAUUUUAGCACUGCCACUGAGCUCGGAAAACUAGCGACUUUGGUGAAAAAUAAAUAUGGAUCGGACGUAUCAAGGAUAUUGCCUCUGGAAACGGAUGCUGAGUUAGGACGUAAGCUCCUCAAAGAGCGUUUGAAGGAGGUCAAGGGAAUUGGUCCCCUUGGUAUCGAAAUCUUCAUGUCAACUGUGCAAGGUGUUUGGCCGUCGCUUUGCCCAUUUCUUGGCAGUCGCGAUUUACAGGUAGCUGAGCAAAUAGGCUUGGGCAAAGAUGUGAAUGCCAUCUAUGAGUUGCUGGAUGGGAACCCUGAGCAGAUGGCAAAACUGAGCGUUGCGCUUACAAAACUCAGGCUGGAGAAACACAUCGAGGAAUUCUUAGAAUGA